GCUGGGAUAUUUCCCCUGGAGAUUUUUCCUUGCUCGAUCCUGUUUUCCCACGCCGUCGCUAGGGUUUCCCUCCGGAUGGCAUUUUGAUUUCCCGGGAAUUUCGUUUCCCAUCCUCCGCGACUGCAGCGAGCCAUUAGGGGUUUGGUUCAUGGUGAAGCCGAGCUCGGGAAAUGGCGUUCACGUGUUUGGGGAUUGCCUGCAAGUCCAGUUUCGCUCUCCGCCCUCCGCUUGUGUACUGUGCCCGAAAGGUUCGCCAUACUGCGAUGGUUGAGACCGUUGCUGGGACGGAGACUGCGGCGGCCGUCGAAGGCGUCGGCCGACUCCGCACGGAAACGACGACGGGCACGGAUUCGCCUUCCGGUGGUGUGAGUGCUCCAGUUUGGAAGAAAUUGAGCACGAAGGAGCUCGGGGUCAGGACAUCGAUGAUUGCAAAGCCGACGAGAGUGGUGCUCAAUCAACUAAGAAAGAAAGGAUAUGAGGUUUAUCUUGUCGGGGGCUGCGUAAGAGAUCUUAUUUUGAAGAGAGUCCCUAAGGAUUUUGACGUUAUAACUUCAGCUGACCUUCAUGAGGUGAAAAAAACGUUCUCAAGGUGUGAGAUUAUUGGGAGAAGGUUCCCCAUUUGCCACGUACAUAUUGAUGAUUCUGUUGUGGAGGUAUCAAGCUUUAGAACUAUUGGAAAGCAGUCUUUUAGAGAAGUCAAGUAUUUUUUCACAAAGCCACCUGGAUACAGUGAAGGUGAUUAUGCUCGCUGGAGGAACUGUAUGGGCCGAGAUUUCACCAUAAAUGGAUUGAUGCUUGAUCCAUAUGCUGACCUUAUUUAUGACUACAUGGGUGGCAUGGAAGACAUUAGAAAAGCUAAAGUCCGAACAGUAAUUCCUGCUCAUGUUUCUUUUCAAGAGGAUUGUGCCCGUAUUUUGCGUGCAGUCAGGAUAGCAGCUCGUUUAGGCUUUCGAUUUACAAAAGAAACAGCUAACUCACUGAAGUUUUUCUCAUCUUCGGUACUGAGACUCGACAAGUCAAGGCUUCUGAUGGAGAUGAACUAUAUGCUAGCAUUUGGAUCUGCAGAAGCUUCUUUGCGGUUACUUUGGAAAUAUGGACUUUUGGAGAUCCUUCUUCCCAUUCAAGCAUCAUAUUUUGUCUCACAAGGGUUUAGGAGGCGUGAUAAGCGUUCAAAUAUGCUUUUGGCUCUUUUCUCUAAUCUAGAUAAAGUUCUUGCUCCUGACCAGCCAUGUCAUAGUUGUUUGUGGGUGGCUAUAUUGGCCUUUCAUCUUGCAAUGGUUGAUGAACCUCGUGAUCCUUUAGUGGUGUCCGCAUUUUCUCUUGCAGUUCGCAAUGGAGGAGAUUUGGCAGAAGCAGUAAAGCUGGUGAAGUUGGUUGAGCAGGAACACGAUUCCAGAUAUAGUGAAUUAUUGGAACCUCAGCCAUUUGAUACUGAUAGAGAAUUCAUAGAUGAUGUUUUGGAAUUUGCAUCAGCAGUCAAAGCAGCAUUGGGCAUGAUGACCGAUGAGUAUUCUGUUUCACAAGCGAUGGCAAAAUAUCCUCAGGCUCCUUUUUCAGACUUGGUAUUCAUCCCGUGUAACUUGUACUGGAAGGUGUGCAGAAUGUUUGAUUGUGUGGGAAGAGGAAAGGAAAGAGGGUAUGUUCCCAAACGGAAGAUGAAAAUAGAUUACAGAGCCCUAUAUGAAGGUGACAUGCCCGAAGUGCGGCAUAUGUUUGCAAGGGUUGUUUUUGACACCGUAUAUCCAAGUACUGGUGAAGUGAAGUCAUGAUUAAAAAGGUGUGGUUGGUUCUUCAGUUAAUAAACUUCGUUGUUCCUCUACUGCCUAUCUGCUGCAAGUGAUGCUUCGGUGACGGACAAGGAGCUGUGCAGGCAGGCAUCUUCUUCUAUGUAUGCAGGCAUUCAAGGAUGACCAACCAUGGGGGGAUUUCACCAUGCCUGCACUCGAACGCCGGGGGAUAUGGUUUUAGCUUCCCAACCUUGAAUAUGAAGGUGGGGAAUGUUUAUUCUUUUACACGAGGGAGGGAGGGAGAGAGCUCAAUUUGUUGUAUCAAGCAUUCUAAUUUUUUGAUGUUUGUGAUAAAAAUUCCUUACUGUGCUGCUGCACUGGGAUCAUCGUGGAGAUCCGCUGGUUUCCAUGCACUAUCACAUCCUGAUAAAUUCAAUUCGGUAGUAUUGCCGCAAUAAAUAGCACAUAUGCAAAAUUUAGAA